CUAACCACACCCAUACUUUUUGACGAAAUCAACGUCCUAAAAUGUUACAGUAAAAAACCAUUAUAGAGUUGACUUGAAUAUGCUUUACUCAAUUACUUACAAAAAUUCUAACCAACUAUGCUUUUUGACGAAAUCAACGACCCUAAGUACUACAGUAAAAUAAAAAACUGUACAUUAUUUACAAUCAAUUUCAAUAAUCUGCAACACAUAUCUGACCAAAGUAAAACAUCCAAAAUAAAAAUGUCUCUGCACAAUCUCUUGUCAAUCCUCUGUUUUGUCCUCGCCAUUAGCUUCGGCUACGUGUCUGCACAAAAAUGUGUGGACUCAAUGUUUUUCAGACCCAACGGUACUUAUGACACAAACCGUCGUCUCAUUCUCUCAACUCUUGCUUCCAACGUGAGUACACGAGAUGGCUACUACAACGGUUCGGUCGGUGAAGGCCCUGAAAAAAUCUAUGCCUUAGGUCUCUGUAUCCCAAGGACUGAUCCAAAGGUCUGUUCUGAUUGUAUCCAAAUCGCAUCUACGGGUUUAUUACAAAACUGCCCGAACCAGACCGACUCUUACGACUGGAGAUCCCAGAAAACACUCUGUUUCGUUCGUUACUCCAACAGCUCGUUUUCCAACAAAAUGGAUCUAGAGCCGACAAUGAUAAUAGGAGAUCUAAAUAGUGGACUAUUCCAAGGGAACCUAACAGCUUAUUCAAGAACAUGGGAGGUGUUCAUGAAAUCUAUGAUCACCCGAGUCGGUCGAACUCGUUACCUGGCCGAUAUUUCCCCUCGGAUAGGCUCUGCUCGUAUAUACGCGCUGAUGCAAUGUAUUCCGGGGAUAUCCUCUUUGGAAUGUGGAAAUUGUAUUCGGGAAAAUGUGCGGAUGUACCAGAAUUGCUGCAAUGGGUUCAUAGGAGGAACUAUUCGCAAGCCGGUCUGCUUUUUACGGUGGGAUGGUUCUGAAUAUCUUGGUGCCUUUGGUGACACGCCAUCGCUACCUCCACCUUCUCCAGAUGGGAAAACAAUAUCUACGGGAGCUAUUGUUGCGGUUGUUGUUGUUUCCGCGGUUAUAUUUGUGGCGCUGCUAGCUUUAGUAUUGGUCAUUCGGAAGAGAAGACAAUCAUACAAAACACUAAAACCUCAAACUGAUAAUGACAUGACAAGUCCACAGUCUCUGCAAUUUGAUUUUAUGACCCUCGAAGCGGCAACUGAUAAAUUUUCGAGGAAUAACAAGCUAGGUCAAGGUGGAUUUGGUGAAAUUUUUAAGGGAAUAUUACCAAAUCAAACAGAAGUUGCGGUGAAGCGGCUAUCGAUAAAUUCAGGACAAGGCACACAAGAGUUCAAGAACGAGGUUGUAAUUGUGGCUAAGCUUCAACACAGGAAUCUUGUUAGGCUUCUUGGGUUUUGCUUAGAAAGAUAUGAACAGAUACUUGUCUACGAGUUUGUUUCCAACAAGAGCCUUAACUAUUUCCUCUUUGAUCCAACAAAGAAGAGUCAGCUAGAUUGGAAAAUACGAUACAGCAUCAUUGGAGGGAUUACGCGAGGGCUUCUCUAUCUUCAUCAAGACUCGCGGCUCACCAUUAUACACCGUGACAUCAAAGCAAGUAACAUUCUUUUAGAUGCCGAUAUGAACCCUAAAAUAGCGGAUUUCGGAAUCGCAAGAAAUUUUAGCGUGGACCAAACUGAAGACAAUACAGGAAGAGUUGUUGGAACCUUCGGUUACAUGCCUCCAGAGUAUGUGACGCACGGCCAAUUCUCUACCAAAUCUGAUGUUUAUAGCUUUGGAGUAUUGAUUCUGGAGAUUAUUUGUGGCAAGAAGAAUAGCAGCUUCUACCAGAUGGCUGAUUCUGGUGGCAAUUUGGUGACACAUGUUUGGAGGCUUUGGAACAAGGAUUCACCCUUAGAUCUCAUAGACCCCGCGAUUAAGGAAAGCUACGAUAAUGAUGUAGUCAUUAGAUGUAUACAUAUCGGAAUUUUAUGUGUUCAAGAAACUCCGGCAGAUCGUCCGGAGAUGUCUACGAUCUUUCAAAUGCUUACAAAUAGCUUCAUUACUCUACCUGUGCCUCGACCACCUGGAUUUUUCUUCAGGAACAGACACAAUUUAGACCCUUUAACUUAUGGAUCCGAGCUGGGUCAAUCCAGCAAAUCUAUUCCUUAUUCUAUAGAUAGUGCGUCAAUCACUAGAGUCACUCCUCGGUGAAAUGAUUGCUUUUGCACUAGUCCCUAGCAUUUUCCGUGUAGCACAAGCAACUCCCAUGAUAGUUUUGGG